AUGGCACCUAGGUAUCCUUCCCGUCUUCGCAAUUCCGCUCUUCUGGGGACUGAUGUAGCCACGAGAAAUUCCAUGCAGAAGCUGGAGGCGAUUCCGAAAGAUGCCUUCGUGAAGCCUGUAAAGGAAGGAAAAUGGAAGGCUUUGUCGGAAAAGACACAAGACAGUGGCCAGACAAAUGGGGCUGUUUGUCUUAUACAACACAGUCCCUACAGAAUUCUGAAGAUUGCCGCUAAGGGUGAUAUUGCAGAGUUCGAAAAGCUGUACACUGCUGACCACUCCCGCUUACAUAUCCGUGAUCAGCGGGGUCAGGGCACACUCCACUAUGCCGCGUCAAAAGGUCGUGUCGUCGUCAUGGAAUUCAUUCUUAAUCAUGGAGGAGAUCUAGACGCCCGAGACAACAAGGGAAACACACCCCUGCACAGGUCGGUGGAGGGCAUGCAAAAAGUCAGCAUUGAAUAUUUAGUGAGGAAGGGAGCAAACACCACUGUCUGCAAUAACAAAUACUUCACUCCACUGAUACUGGCCAUUGACCUGGCCUAUGUGGACAUUGUCGAGUGCCUGCUGAAACAGGAGAGGGUGAACCCCGAAGAUCCUGGUGAAAAUGGCGCGACCCCGCUACAUUACUGUACCUACAAAGACGAGUACAAAUGCGCGGGGAAACUACUGGAGAACGGAGCGAAAUUGCAGACAAAGUGUCACAACGCAUUCUAUCCCAUUCACACGGCUGCAUACCAUGCUUCUGUCAAGACAAUGCAAGUGCUUCUAGAUUACGGUGAAGCAUCUGGUUAUACUCGGGAAAAACUCCUCAAACUGACGGACCGGGAAGGGAAUAAUCCGCUUCAUGCAGCGGUAACCAGCGGGGAUCUAGAGGCUGUCCGGGUUUGUCUCCAGGCUGGAGCAUCUGCACAGGCACAACAGGAGGAGAAGCUGACGCCUGUCCACUUCGCCGCCUCCCAAGGGGCACUGGAGAUCCUGGAUCUGAUGUUUGAACUGUGUGGCAAAUCUAUGGGUAAAGCAGUAGACAUGAAAGACAGCCUGGGGAUGACGCCACUACACAAAGCCUCAAUAUUCAAUCACGAGAAUGUCGUCCGAUGUCUGCUGGAUCAUGGUGCUGAUAUCAACUGUGAGGAUAACCUUCACAGAACCCCGCUUAUGACAGCAGCGGCCAAAAGUGGCUGGAACACCGUGCGCUACCUUAUACAGAGAGGCGCUCAGGUACACCUCAAAGAUGAGCAGAGUAGAAACUUCCUGCAUCAUGCCAUUAAAAGUGGCGGCAGACUUCACCAGUUCGGGUAUGACCUUAUCAUAAAUGUGAAGAAUUUACUGAAUGAGAAGGACGAUUUAGGAUGUACACCACUCCAUUACGCUUCCAAAGAAGGUUACCUCUCAGCCAUUGAAGAUCUCAUCAGUCUAGGCGCCAUGUUGAAUCCGAAAAACAACGAGCGUCAAUCUCCUUUUCAUUUCGCUGCCAGGUACGGUCGAUACAACACCUGCCUUCGUUUGCUGGAUAGCGAACAGGGUCCUAACAUUAUCAAUGAGUCAGACAACACGGGGCUGACGGCUCUCCAUAUCGCCGCUGAGAACGGACACGCUAAGAUCCUGUCCCUCCUAAUGCAGAGAGGUGCGGCCGUUCACAGAGACUUCAACGGUAACACUCCACUUCAUCUGGCCGCCACCAAUGGCUACACACAUAGCAUGAGGCUUCUGCUCAACGUACAUUCUAACCUCCUCGACUGCAAAAAUAAGGAAGGGGGCACAGCGCUCCACCUAGCGGCACAGCAGGGACAUGUGUCGGCGAUAACUCUUCUACUGAGCCUUGGUACAAAGAUGAGCAGGAACGCCGCCAACAUGACAUUUUUCGACUUCAUUUUGGACAACCGGCACAACGAAGCUGCAAUAGCAGUUGUUACUCACCCAAGAUGGAGUGAGGUCAUGUGUUUGUGGUCCAACAAGUAUGUUUGUACAAUGAUAGGACUCAUCCAGCAACUACCGGAAAUCACCAUUGUUGUCUUGGACCAGUGUCAGACUUAUUCGGAACACGAUACCAAGGACAAGCAAUUUCAUAUUACCUACAAUUUCAAACAUCUGCAUUGUCCGGUGGAUCCGGAUGCAAAGAAACAAAGCAGCGAAGACUCACACAUGUCAGCCGUCAAUGCCAUGGUGAAGUUCGGACGUGUGGACUGUCUUUCUCAUCCAGUUUGUGUCAGCUACCUCCAAAUGAAAUGGAAUGGUUGCGGAAUGUGGUUCCAUUUCAUAUAUCUGGCAAUGUACUUGGUAUUUCUGGGGCUUCUUACGAGCUUCGCCAUCUCCAAUCCAGCUCGGCAUCACAAAGAGACGACACUUACCCCACUUGAAGCUGGGACCAACCAGUCAUACAACAACUUCCAGGUCAAUGAUCACAUCGAGUUGACCGUUUUCUCAAAGAUCAGCGCGUACGUCCUUCUCAUUUUCUGCGUUCUCAGUUGCUUCAAAGAAAUCGGACAGAUGCUACAACAGAAAUGGCGAUAUUUUCAGUAUCAAAGUAAUGCGAUGGAAUGGACCCUCCUUCUGACGACCUCCCUGUAUAUCGCCCCUUUCCUGGCUCACAAAUCCGUGCAUUUCCAAUACGAGGCUGGAACCAUUGCCGUCUUCAUUUCAUGGUUCAACUUGCUACACUACUUGCAAAGAUUUGACUUUUUCGGUAUCUACGUGGUUAUGUUUCUCGCCAUACUCAGCACACUUCUUCAGGUCCUCUGCGUUUUCUCCAUACUCAUCGUGGCUUUCGGCCUGGCGUUCUACAUGCUCAUGGCCAGAGAGAAUUCCAAAGCUUACUCCACGCCAGGCCUCUCCAUGCUGCGUACAGCCAUGAUGAUGCUGGAGCUGGACUACAUGGACUCUUUCAACUUGCCCUACGUUGACGGUAAUCCCCAGACUCUUCACUUCAACAACCUGACCCUGUUCAUGUUGGUAUUGUUUGUCCUACUUAUGCCCAUACUGCUCAUGAAUUUACUGAUCGGUUUAGCAGUGGGAGAUAUAGAGGCCGUACAAAGAGACGCCCGUCUUAAGAGACUGGCCAUGCAGGUUGAACAUCACACAGAUUUGGAGAGUAAACUGCCUAAGAGAAUACUGAAGAUGGUCAACAAGGACGAGUACAAGGUUUACCCUAACAGAGGACAGCAAUGGCUGAUGAGUCUCCUCUUGAAGAUGACGUCAUCGUUGGAAAACGGUCCUGGCCAACUGGAAUCUUACUCACGCGGGGCUUUCGUUAACUCCUCACAGGUGUACGAGGAACUUUCGAAGCAAAAACACAGGAUGAAGGAAAUCUCAAACACUCUCAACAAACAGAACGAUUUAUUACGGCUAAUCGUACAGAAGAUGGACAUCAACACAUCAUCGGACUACAGAGACGAGGGUGACUGCGACAACGAGGCUAUUGAAAAUAUCAGGGGCCAUAACUCAACUUCCGGUCGUAAUUGGACUCGUAACAACGUCAUCAAGCAGACGUCAACCAUUAAUGCCUGGAAGAGACAAGUGACGAAAUCUUGA